UGACUGCCACAGUUGCGGCGUUUUGACAGUCGCAGUCGGCCUCUGACCAGCUCAUUGGGAAAAGGCAGCAGCUCUUACGCUUAGUCUCGUUUCUUUGUUCGUCGUCAAACCGACACCAGUCGUCUCCGACCGCUUCCAGCGAUGUCUGACGGCGGGGGGACGGAGGAAAACUCCGGCACCAUGGAGGUGUCGGCCGUUCAGACGGUCGCCGACACCUCGGUGCUGCAGAAGCACAUUCGGAAGCUGGUACCGCUCCUCCUGGAAGAUGGCGGCGAGGCCCCGGCCUCUCUGGAGACCGCCGUGGAGGAGAAGAGCGCCGUGGAGCAGAUGAGAAAGUUCCUGGCGGAUCCCCAGGUCCACACCAUCCUGGUCGAGAGGAGUGCGCUGAAAGAGGAUGUUGGAGAUGAAGGCGAGGAGGAGAAAGAGUGCAUAACCUAUAACAUCAGCAUCGAUAUACAUUAUGGGAUCAAAUCUAACAGCUUGGCUUUGAUCAAGAGGACCGGAGUCAUUGAUGCAGACAAGCCCAUAUCGACCCAAGUUCGAGUUCUGACGCUGAGUGAGGAUUCUCCCUAUGAGACCCUUCACUCUUUCAUCAGCAAUGCUGUGGCACCUUUCUUCAAGUCUUAUAUCCGCGAGUCUGGCAAGGCAGACAGGGAUGGGGAUAAAAUGGCUCCCUCUGUUGAGAAAAAGAUCGCCGAGCUGGAGAUGGGCCUUCUCCACCUGCAACAGAACAUUGAGAUUCCUGAGAUUAGCCUGCUUAUCCAUCCCAUCAUCACAAACAUUGCAAAGCAGUGCUAUGAGCGUGGAGAAAAGCCCAAAGUCACAGACUUUGGUGACAAAGUGGAGGACCCAACGUUCCUGAACCAGCUGCAGUCUGGAGUCAACCGCUGGAUCAGGGAAAUCCAAAAGGUGACAAAGUUAGACCGUGACCCAGCUUCAGGCACAGCCUUGCAGGAGAUCAGUUUCUGGCUGAAUCUGGAAAGAGCCCUUAACAGGAUCCAGGAGAAGAGAGAGAGCCCUGAGGUUCUGCUCACACUGGACAUCCUCAAACAUGGCAAACGUUUCCAUGCCACUGUGAGCUUUGACACGGACACCGGUUUGAAGCAGGCUGUGGAAACAGUCAAUGACUAUAAUCCUUUAAUGAAGGACUUUCCUCUCAAUGACCUGCUCUCUGCCUCGGAACUUGAUAAAAUUCGCCAGGCUCUUAUGGCCAUUUUCACUCACCUGAAAAAGAUUAGGAACACCAAGUAUCCUAUCCAGAGAGCACUGCGUUUAGUAGAGGCCAUCUCCAGGGAUUUGAGCUCCCAACUCCUCAAAGUAUUGGGCACCAGAAAGCUCAUGCAUGUUGCUUAUGAAGAAUUCGAAAAGGUGAUGGUAGCAUGCUUUGAAGUGUUCCAGACUUGGGAGGAUGAGUAUGAAAAGCUCCAGGUGCUUCUAAGGGACAUUGUGAAGAGAAAGAGAGAGGAGAACCUGAAAAUGGUGUGGCGUCUGAGUCCCGCCCACAGGAAGCUUCAAUCCCGUCUCGACCACAUGAGACGUUUCAGAAGGCAGCAUGAGCAACUGAGAGCUGUCAUUGUCCGUGUGUUGAGACCUCAGGUUUCUGCUGUGCCGCAGCAUGCCCCAGGGGAGACAGUUGAGCCUCAAGACAUGAAGGUUGCUGGAGUUCUCCUUGAUGCCGCCGAUGCCAAUGCUAUUGAGGAGGUCAACCUGGCAUAUGAGAACGUGAAAGAGGUUGAUGGUCUGGAUGUGUCAAAGGAAGGCAUGGAGGCCUGGGAAGCUGCCAUGAAGCGCUACGAUGAGCGCAUUGACCGCGUGGAGACCCGCAUCACCGCUCGCCUGCGUGAUCAGCUGGGAACCGCCAAGAACGCAAAUGAAAUGUUCCGCAUCUUCUCCCGAUUCAACGCCCUGUUUGUGCGCCCCCACAUUCGCGGUGCUAUUCGGGAAUAUCAAACGCAGCUCAUCCAGCGUGUGAAAGAUGACAUCGAGUCACUGCACGACAAGUUCAAAGUGCAGUAUCCUCAGAGUCAGGCCUGUAAGAUGAGCCACGUCCGUGACCUGCCACCCGUCUCUGGAUCCAUCAUCUGGGCCAAGCAGAUUGACCGUCAGCUGACUGCCUACAUGAAGAGAGUGGAGGAUGUUCUGGGAAAAGGCUGGGAGAAUCAUGUGGAGGGGCUGAAGCUCAAGCAAGAUGGCGAUAGCUUCAGGGCCAAACUCAACACUCAAGAAAUAUUUGAUGACUGGGCUCGCAAGGUUCAACAGCGCAACCUUGGUGUAUCCGGUCGCAUCUUCACCAUUGAGAAUACUCGUGCCCGAGGACGUACUGGAAACAUGCUUAAGCUUAAAGUCAACUUCCUGCCAGAGAUCAUCACCUUGUCCAAAGAGGUCCGCAAUCUUAAGUGGUUGAGUUUCCGUGUUCCCUUGGCCAUUGUCAACAAAGCCCACCAAGCUAACCAGCUGUACCCAUUUGCCAUCUCUUUGAUUGAGAGUGUUCGCACCUAUGAGCGUACUUGUGAAAAGGUGGAGGAACGGUCCUCUAUCUCUCUGCUAGUGGCUGGGCUCAAGAAAGAGGUUCAGGCCCUUAUUACCGAAGGCAUCACUCUGGUCUGGGAGUCAUACAAGCUGGAUCCUUAUGUGCAGAGGCUGGCUGAGACUGUCUUCAACUUCCAGGAGAAGGUGGAUGACCUCUUGCUGAUUGAGGAGAAAAUAGAUCUGGAGGUCCGCUCCCUUGAUACUUGCAUGUUUGACCACAAGACCUUCUCCGACAUCCUCAACCGAGUCCAGAAGGCUGUGGAUGACCUCAAUCUGCAUUCCUACUCAAACCUCCCCAUCUGGGUUAACAAGCUUGACAUUGAGAUUGAACGCAUCCUUGGAGUGCGUCUGCAGGCUGGCCUUAAGGCCUGGACCCAGGUGCUUCGUGGUCAGGUAGAAGACAAAGCUGAUGUCGACAUGGACACAGAGGCUCCACAAAUGAGCCACAAACCUGGAGGCGAACCUAAGAUCAAGAAUGUUGUCCAUGAGCUGAGGAUUACUAACCAGGUCAUCUACCUGAACCCACCAAUUGAAGAUUGCCGUUACAAGCUCUACCAGGAGAUGUUCGCCUGGAAGAUGGUUAUCCUUUCCCUCCCCAGGAUCCAGAGCCAGAGGUACCAGGUGGGUGUCCACUACGAGCUGUCGGAGGAGGAGAAGUUCUACCGAAAUGCUUUGACAAGAAUGCCAGAUGGCCCCGCAGCUUUAGAGGAGGCUUACAAUGCAGUUGAAGACAUUGUCGGUGAGGUGGAGCAGUAUGUUAAGGUAUGGCUGCAGUACCAGUGCCUGUGGGACAUGCAAGCUGAGAACAUCUACAACCGUCUGGGUGAAGACCUCACUAAGUGGCAGGCCCUUUUGGUCCAGAUCCGUAAAGCACGUGGAACCUUUGACAAUGCAGAAACAAGGAAAGAGUUUGGACCUGUGGUCAUCGACUACGGAAAGGUCCAGUCCAAGGUUAAUUUAAAAUAUGACUCGUGGCACAAAGAAGUCCUCAGCAAGUUUGGACAGAUGCUCGGCCAGAACAUGCAGGACUUCCAUGCUCAAAUCUCUAAGUCCCGCCAAGAUCUGGAGCAACAUUCUGUGGAUACAGCUAGCACCUCAGAUGCAGUCAACUUUAUUACAUAUGUCCAAACUCUGAAGCGCAAAAUCAAACAGUUUGAGAAAAAUGUGGAUUUGUUCCGUAACGGACAACGUUUGCUGGAGAAGCAGAGAUUCCAGUUUCCACCAUCUUGGCUCUACAUUGACAACAUUGAAGGAGAAUGGGGUGCCUUCAGUGACAUAAUGAAGCGCAAAGACACUGCUAUCCAGCAGCAGGUGGCCAAUUUGCAGAUGAAGAUUGUUCAGGAGGACAAAGCUGUGGAAAACCGCACCACUGACUUGCUCAAUGACUGGGAGAAGACAAAACCAGUUGCUGGCAACCUUCGUCCAGAAGAAGCCCUUCAGUCCCUGACUAUAUAUGAAGGCAAUUUUGGCCGUUUGAAGGUUGAAAGGGAGAAGUGUGCUCGUGCUAAAGAGGCCCUGGAGCUCACUGAUACUGGCCUGCUGAGUGGCAGUGAAGAAAGAGUGCAGGUGGCUCUAGAGGAGCUACAUGACCUGAAGGAGGUGUGGUCUGAGCUGUCAAAGAUCUGGGAGCAAAUCGACCAGAUGAAAGAGCAGCCGUGGGUGUCUGUACAGCCACGCAAGCUUCGUCAGAGUUUGGAUGCUCUUCUGAACCAGCUAAAGAAUUUCCAAGCAAGACUUAGACAGUAUGCAUCCUAUGAGUAUGUUCAGAGAAUGCUUAAAGGAUACUUGAAGGUCAACAUGUUGGUGAUUGAGCUGAAAUCAGAGGCUCUAAAGGACCGCCACUGGAAGCAACUGAUGAAACGAUUGCAUGUGAACUGGGUGCUGUCAGAGCUGACCCUGGGUCAGAUCUGGGAUGUGGAUCUGCAGAAAAAUGAGAUGGUGGUGAAGGAUGUUCUGCUGGUGGCACAAGGAGAGAUGGCCCUGGAGGAGUUUCUCAAACAGAUUCGUGAAGUGUGGAACUCGUAUGAGCUUGACCUGGUCAAUUACCAGAACAAGUGUCGUCUGAUUAGAGGCUGGGACGACCUCUUCAACAAAGUCAAAGAACACAUCAACAGCGUAUCUGCUAUGAAGUUGUCACCUUACUACAAGGUGUUUGAGGAAGAUGCCCUGAGCUGGGAGGAUAAACUGAAUCGCAUCAUGGCUUUGUUUGAUGUUUGGAUUGAUGUCCAGCGCCGCUGGGUCUACCUGGAAGGCAUCUUCACAGGCAGUGCUGACAUCAAACACCUGCUGCCUGUGGAAACACAGAGGUUCCAGAGUAUCAGCACCGAGUUCUUGGCACUGAUGAAGAAGGUGACAAAAUCACCAUUGGUAAUGGACGUCCUGAACAUACAAGGAGUCCAGCGGUCCCUGGAGCGUUUGGCUGACCUCCUAGGAAAAAUCCAGAAAGCUCUUGGAGAAUACCUGGAAAGAGAGAGGUCCUCCUUCCCCAGGUUUUACUUUGUUGGAGACGAGGACUUGCUUGAGAUUAUUGGCAACAGCAAGAAUGUGGCCAAGUUGCAGAAACACUUCAAAAAGAUGUUUGCCGGUGUCUCCAGCAUCCUGCUUAAUGAGGACAACACUGAAGUGCUGGGAAUCUCCUCCCGUGAGGGUGAGGAGAUUAUUUAUAAGACGCCGGUUUCCAUCACAGAGCAUCCCAAGAUCAAUGAGUGGCUGACACUGGUGGAGAAGGAGAUGAGAGUGACCCUGGCCAAGCUGCUAGCGGAGUCUGUCACAGAGGUCACAGCUUUCAACAAGGGCACAGCCCUUGACCUGAGCCAGUACAUCGACUGGAUUGAUCGUUACCAGGCCCAGCUUGUAGUCCUCUCCACCCAGAUUGCCUGGUCUGAGAACAUCGAGUCUGCACUGACCACAAUUGCUGGUGGCGGAGACAUGAAAUCCAUGCAAGGAGUACUGUCAAACGUGGAGGCCACACUCAACAUGUUGGCUGACACUGUGCUGAUGGAGCAGCCGCCACUUCGCAGGAGGAAACUGGAGCAUCUCAUCACAGAGCUGGUGCACCAGCGUGAUGUGACCAGGACCCUCAUCAAGAACAAGAUUGACAACCCCAAGUCAUUUGAAUGGCUUAGCCAGAUGCGCUUCUACUUUGAUCCCAAGCAGACAGAUGUGUUGCAACAGCUGUCUAUUCAGAUGGCCAAUGCCAAGUUCAACUAUGGCUUUGAGUACUUGGGUGUCCAGGACAAGCUUGUCCAGACGCCUCUGACCGACCGCUGCUAUUUGACCAUGACUCAGGCUCUGGAGGCCCGUCUUGGAGGAUCACCAUUUGGUCCCGCUGGCACAGGAAAGACUGAGUCAGUGAAAGCACUUGGGCACCAGCUUGGCCGCUUUGUCCUGGUCUUCAACUGUGAUGAGACGUUCGACUUCCAGGCCAUGGGUCGUAUCUUCGUGGGCUUGUGUCAGGUCGGAGCCUGGGGCUGCUUUGAUGAGUUCAAUCGACUGGAAGAGAGAAUGCUUUCAGCUGUCUCGCAGCAGGUCCAGUACAUCCAGGUGGCCUUGAGAGAGCAUAGCAACCCCAACAGAGAUCGAAGUGUACCUGUCACUACAGAGCUCCUGAACAAGCAGGUGAAAGUAAGCCCAGACAUGGCCAUCUUCAUCACCAUGAACCCUGGCUAUGCUGGCCGUUCCAACCUGCCUGACAAUCUGAAGAAGCUGUUCCGCAGCCUGGCCAUGACAAAGCCCGACCGUCAGCUCAUUGCACAGGUCAUGCUUUACUCUCAAGGUUUCCGCACAGCUGAGAUCCUCGCCAAGAAGAUUGUGCCUUUCUUCAAGUUGUGUGAUGAGCAGCUGUCAUCUCAGAGUCACUAUGAUUUCGGCCUGAGAGCUCUCAAGAGUGUGCUGAUUAGUGCUGGCAAUGUCAAACGUGAGCGCAUUCAGAAGAUCAAAAAGGAAAAGCUUGAGCGUGGAGAGGUUGUUGAUGAGAAUGACAUUGCAGAGAACCUUCCUGAACAGGAGAUCCUGAUCCAGAGCGUGUGUGAAACAAUGGUUCCCAAGCUGGUGGCAGAAGACAUACCUCUGCUGUUCAGCCUGCUGUCAGAUGUCUUCCCUGGAGUCCAGUACCUGCGAGGAGAGAUGACUGCUCUGAGAGAGGAGCUGAAGAAGGUCUGUGCAGAGAUGUACCUCACCUACGGAGAUGGUGAUGAUGUGGGCAGCAUGUGGGUGGAGAAGGUGCUCCAGCUGUACCAGAUCACACAGAUCAACCACGGUCUGAUGAUGGUGGGUCCCUCUGGUAGUGGGAAGACCAUGGCAUGGAGGGUGCUGCUCAAGGCCCUGGAGAGGCUUGAGGGGGUUGAGGGAGUGGCACACAUCAUUGACCCCAAGGCAAUCAGCAAGGACCACCUGUAUGGAACCUUGGAUCCCAACACUCGUGAAUGGACAGAUGGCUUAUUCACACACAUCCUCAGGAAGAUCAUCGACAACGUCCGCGGUGAGCUGCAGAAGCGUCAGUGGAUCAUCUUUGAUGGUGAUGUUGACCCUGAGUGGGUUGAAAAUCUCAACUCGGUCCUGGAUGACAACAAGCUGCUCACCCUGCCCAACGGAGAGCGUCUCAGCUUGCCACCAAAUGUGCGUGUGAUGUUUGAGGUGCAGGACCUGAAAUAUGCCACCCUGGCCACCGUGUCUCGCUGUGGCAUGGUCUGGUUUAGUGAGGACGUCCUCAGCACCGAUAUGAUCUUCAACAACUUCCUGGCUCGCAUUCGUAGCAUUCCAUUGGAUGAGGGAGAGGAUGAAGCUCAGCGUAAGAGGAAGGGCACAGAAGACGAAGAGGAGGCUGCGUCACCAAUGCUGCAGAUUCAGCGAGAUGCAGCAGGUAUCCUGCAGCCUUACUUCACCUCCACAGGUCUGGUGAUCAAGGCCUUGGAGCACGCAUCCAAGAUGGAGCACAUCAUGGACUUCACUCGCCUGCGCUGCUUGGGUUCACUGUUCUCAAUGCUGCACCAGGCCUGUCGUAAUGUGGCACUCUACAACAACAACCACCCUGAUUUCCCAAUGCCAAUUGAUCAGCUGGAGAGAUACAUGCAGAGAUACCUGAUCUACGCCGUGCUCUGGUCCUUCUCUGGUGACGGCCGACUGAAGAUGAGGGCUGAGCUUGGGGAAUACAUUCGCCGCAUCACCACUGUACCUCUCCCCUCCGCUCCUAAUGUCCCUAUCAUUGACUAUGAGGUUUGCAUCUCCGGUGAAUGGCAAUCAUGGCAGGGUAAGGUGCCACAGAUUGAAGUUGAGACCCACAAGGUGGCCUCCCCUGAUGUUGUGGUUCCCACCCUGGACACCGUUCGCCAUGAGGCCUUGCUUUACACCUGGCUGGCAGAGCAUAAACCACUGGUGCUGUGUGGACCUCCAGGCUCUGGAAAAACUAUGACCUUGUUCAGUGCUCUCAGGGCCUUGCCUGAUAUGGAGGUUGUGGGUCUGAACUUCUCCAGUGCCACAACCCCAGAGCUGCUGCUGAAGACCUUUGAUCACUACUGUGAGUAUCGGCGCACCCCCAAUGGUGUGGUCCUCGCUCCCGUCCAGCUGGGCAAGUGGUUGGUGUUGUUCUGUGAUGAAAUCAAUCUGCCGGAUAUGGACAAAUACGGCACACAGAGAGUCAUCUCCUUCCUCAGACAGAUGGUGGAACAUGGAGGCUUCUAUCGAACCUCAGACCAGACUUGGGUCAAACUGGAGAGGAUCCAGUUUGUUGGAGCUUGUAAUCCUCCCACUGACCCCGGCAGAAAGCCUCUCACUCACAGAUUCCUGCGUCACGUCCCGGUGGUGUAUGUGGACUAUCCAGGACCAGCCUCUCUCACCCAGAUUUAUGGAACAUUUAACCGUGCCAUGCUGCGCCUCAUCCCCUCUUUGCGGACGUAUGCUGAGCCUCUUACUGCUGCUAUGGUGGAGUUUUACACAAUGUCUCAGGAGCGCUUCACCCAGGACACCCAACCCCAUUACAUCUACUCUCCCAGAGAGAUGACCCGCUGGGUGAGAGGAAUCUUUGAGGCUCUGCGGCCUCUUGAGACUCUGCCUGUUGAGGGGCUCAUUCGAAUCUGGGCCCAUGAGGCACUCCGUCUCUUCCAGGAUAGGCUGGUUGGGGAUGAAGAAAGAAGGUGGACAGAUGAGAACAUUGACAUGGUUGCUCUUAAGCACUUCCCUAACAUCGAUAAAGAGAAGGCUCUGAACAGACCUAUCCUGUACAGCAACUGGCUCUCCAAGGACUACAUCCCAGUGGAACAGGAGGAGUUGAGGGACUAUGUCAAGGCCCGUCUGAAGGUUUUCUAUGAAGAAGAGCUGGAUGUCCCACUGGUGCUGUUCAAUGAGGUGCUUGACCACGUCCUCAGGAUUGACCGAAUCUUCCGUCAGCCUCAGGGCCAUCUCCUUUUGAUUGGUGUCAGCGGAGCAGGAAAAACAACUCUGUCUCGCUUCGUAGCCUGGAUGAAUGGACUAAGUGUCUACCAGAUCAAGGUGCACAGGAAGUACACUGGAGAGGACUUCGAUGAGGACCUCCGUACAGUGUUGCGUCGCUCUGGUUGCAAAAAUGAGAAGAUUGCGUUCAUUAUGGAUGAGUCCAAUGUGCUGGAUUCUGGUUUCCUUGAGAGAAUGAACACACUUCUGGCCAAUGGAGAGGUUCCCGGCCUGUUUGAGGGUGACGAGUAUGCCACCCUGAUGACACAGUGUAAAGAGGGAGCCCAGAAAGAGGGCCUGAUGCUUGACACACAUGAGGAACUGUACAAGUGGUUUACUAGUCAGGUCAUCAGAAACCUUCAUGUGGUUUUUACUAUGAAUCCCUCAUCAGAAGGCCUGAAGGACAGGGCUGCCACAUCUCCUGCCCUCUUCAACAGGUGUGUGCUGAACUGGUUUGGAGACUGGUCCACAGAGGCACUUUAUCAGGUGGGUAAGGAGUUUACCAGCAAGAUGGAUCUGGAGAAACCAAACUACAAGGUGCCAGAUUACAUGCCCAUCGUCUACGAUAAACUGCCCCAGCCCCCAUCUCACCGUGAAGCUAUUGUCAACGGCUGCGUGUUUGUACACCAGACACUUCACCAGGCUAACAACCGUCUGGCCAAGCGAGGUGGUCACACAAUGGCCAUUACUCCUCGCCACUAUCUGGACUUUAUUAACCAGUACGCCAACCUGUUCAAUGAGAAGCGCAGUGAGUUGGAGGAGCAGCAGAUGCACCUCAACGUUGGUCUCCGCAAGAUCAAGGAGACUGUUGACCAAGUGGAGGAGCUUCGUCGUGACCUGAGAAUCAAGAGCCAGGAGUUAGAGGCAAAGAAUGCAGCAGCCAACGACAAGCUGAAGAAGAUGGUUAAAGACCAACAGGAGGCUGAAAAGAAAAAGGUGAUGAGCCAGGAGAUCCAGGAAGCAGUGUACAAGCAGCAGGAGGUGAUCAAAGACAAACAGCUGAGAGUCCAACAGGACCUGGACCAGGUGGAACCUGCUGUUAUUGAGGCUCAGAAUGCCGUUAAGUCCAUUAAGAAGCAGCACUUGGUGGAGGUGCGUUCAAUGGCCAAUCCACCUGCGGCUGUGAAGCUUGCUCUAGAGUCCAUCUGCUUGCUCCUGGGAGAGAGCACAACUGACUGGAAGCAGAUCCGAUCCGUCAUCAUGAGAGAAAACUUCAUUCCCACCAUUGUUAACUUUUCUGCUGAAGAGAUCAGUGACUCCAUUCGUGAGAAAAUGAAGAAGAACUACCUCUCAAACCCAAGCUACAACUAUGACCAGGUCAACAGAGCCUCACUGGCCUGUGGGCCUAUGGUGAAAUGGGCCAUUGCUCAGCUCAAUUACGCUGACAUGCUGAAGCGUGUGGAGCCUCUGCGUAAUGAACUGCAGAAGCUGGAGGACGAUGCCAAAGACAACAAGACAAAGGCAGAGGAGGUGGAGCAGAUGAUCAGAGACCUCGAGGCCAGCAUUGCUCGCUACAAGGAGGAGUACGCCGUUCUCAUCUCUGAAGCCCAGGCCAUCAAGGCCGACUUGGCUGCAGUUGAGGCUAAGGUAAAUCGUAGCACCGCCCUGCUGAAGAGUCUGUCAGCUGAAAGAGAGCGCUGGGAGAAGACGAGCGAGACCUUCAAGAACCAGAUGUCCACCAUUGCUGGAGACUGUCUGCUCUCUGCAGCUUUCAUCACAUACGCUGGAUACUUUGAACAACAGAUGAGACAGAACCUGUUCACUACCUGGUCUCACCACCUGCAGCAGGCCAACAUUCAGUUCCGAACCGAUAUUGCCAGAACUGAGUAUCUGUCCAAUGCUGACGAGAGGCUUCGUUGGCAAGCCAACUCUCUCCCAGCGGAUGACCUCUGUACUGAGAAUGCCAUCAUGCUCAAGAGGUUCAACAGGUACCCGCUUAUUAUCGACCCAUCAGGCCAAGCUACAGAGUUUAUAAUGAAUGAGUACAAAGACCGUAAGAUCACCCGGACCAGUUUCCUGGACGAUGCCUUCAGGAAGAACCUGGAAAGUGCUUUGCGUUUUGGAAACCCACUGCUGGUCCAGGAUGUUGAAAGUUAUGACCCCAUCCUCAACCCAGUGCUGAACAGAGAGGUCCGUAGGACUGGAGGACGUGUCCUCAUCACUCUGGGAGACCAGGACAUUGAUCUGUCCCCUUCAUUUGUCAUCUUCCUCUCCACACGAGACCCAACGGUGGAGUUCCCCCCAGACUUGUGUUCUCGUGUGACAUUUGUCAACUUCACCGUGACACGCAGCAGUCUGCAGAGCCAGUGUCUCAACGAGGUCCUUAAGGCUGAGAGGCCUGAUGUAGAUGAGAAGCGAUCUGACCUCCUCAAACUACAGGGUGAGUUCCAGCUGCGUCUACGCCAGCUUGAAAAAUCUCUGCUGCAGGCCCUCAAUGAGGUUAAGGGCCGUAUCCUUGACGACGACACCAUCAUCACUACGCUGGAGAAUUUGAAGAAGGAGGCGGCCGAAGUGACGAGGAAGGUGGAGGAGACGGAUAUUGUCAUGGCUGAGGUGGAGGCGGUGUCACAGCAGUACCUGUCUUUGUCUUCUGCCUGCAGUAGCAUCUACUUCACUAUGGAGGCUCUGAAUCAGAUGCAUUUCCUGUACCAGUACUCUCUCCACUUUUUCCUGGACACCUACCACACUGUCCUGUAUGAGAAUCCCAACCUCAAGAGCAUCAGUGAUCAUUCGCAGAGACUCGCUGUCAUCACCAAGGACCUCUUCCAGGUGGCGUUCAACAGAGUAGCUAGAGGCAUGCUGCACCAAGACCACAUCACUUUUGCCAUGCUGCUGGCCAAGAUCAGCCUGAAGGGCAUGACAAGUGAGCCCUCGUAUGAUGCAGAGUUUCAGCACUUCCUACGUGGCAAAGAGAUUGUUCUGACUGGAACCUCACUGCCCAAAGUGAAGGGUCUGACAACUGAUCAGAGUGAAGCCAUGGUCCGGCUCAACCGCCUUCCGGCAUUCAAAGACUUGGUAGCUAAAGUUGAGGCGGAUGAGCAAUUCUUCAUGUGGAUUGAGAGCAACACUCCAGAGCUGGCUGUUCCUUAUCUGUGGUCAGAGGAGAAGCAGUCAACUCCUAUUGGCCAGGCAGUUCAUCAGAUGCUGCUGAUUCAGGCCUUCCGUCCUGACCGUCUGCUGGCCAUGUCGCACAUUUUCGUAUCAAAGGUUCUGGGAGAGGCAUUCAUGAACAUUAUUGAGCAGCCUCUUGACCUGGCUAAUAUUGUAGAUAAUGAGGUGAAGCCCAGCACUCCAGUGUUGAUGUGCUCUGUACCAGGGUACGAUGCCAGCGGGCUCGUCAGAGAUCUGGCAGCUGAGCAAAACAAACAAAUCACCUCCAUCUCUAUUGGUUCAGCUGAGGGCUUCAAUAAGGCAGACAGAGACAUCAAUACUGCUGUCAAAUCCGGCAGGUGGGUGAUGUUGGAGAAUGUCCACUUGGCCCCUGGGUGGCUAAUGCAGCUGGAGAAGAAACUGCACUCGAUGCAGCCUCACGCCAGCUUCAGGCUCUUCCUGACAAUGGAGAUCAACCCCAAGGUGCCAGUGAAUCUGCUUCGUGCUGGACGUAUCUUUGUGUUUGAGCCUCCUCCCGGUGUCAAGGCCAACAUGCUCAGGACCUUCAGCAGCAUCCCUGUGGCUCGCAUGUGCAAGGCUCCCAACGAGCGCGCUCGUCUCUACUUCCUGUUGGCCUGGUUCCAUGCUGUGAUCCAGGAGCGUCUUCGCUAUGCUCCACUGGGCUGGUCCAAAAAGUAUGAGUUUGGAGAAUCAGACCUCCGCUCUGCCUGUGACACAGUUGACACUUGGCUUGAUGACACUGCUAAGGGCCGACAGAACAUUGCACCAGACAAGAUCCCGUGGGCAGCUCUGAAGACCCUGAUGGCCCAGUCCAUCUAUGGUGGGCGCAUUGACAAUGAGUUUGAUCAGCGUUUGCUCAACACCUUCUUGGAUCGCAUCUUCACGAAGGGAAGCUUCGACAGCGAGUUCAAACUGGCUCUCAAGGUUGAUGGACACAAGGACAUUAAGAUGCCUGACGGCAUUCGUCGUGAGGAGUUUAUGCAUUGGGUAGAGAUGCUUCCAGACACUCAGACUCCAUCCUGGCUCGGGUUACCUAGCAAUGCUGAGAAGGUUCUGCUCACCACUCAGGGCACUGACAUGAUGGGUAAGAUGCUGAAAAUGCAGAUGUUGGAGGAUGAGGAUGACCUUGCCUAUGAGACAGAGAAGAAGGAGCGCACCUCGUCCACAUCCGAUGCACAGCCAGCCUGGAUGAGAACCCUCCACACCACUGCCUGCAACUGGCUGCAGCUCAUGCCCCAAACAGUCAAUCCACUUAAACGCACAGUGGAGAACAUCAAGGACCCACUGUUCCGCUUCUUUGAGCGCGAGGUGAAGAUGGGUGGCAAGAUGUUGCAGGAGGUCCGUCAGGAUCUGUCUGAUGUGGUGCAAGUGUGUGAGGGCAAGAAGAAGCAGACCAACUACCUGCGUACCCUGAUCAGUGAUCUUGUUAAAGGAAUUCUCCCUCGCAGCUGGUGUCGUUACACAGUUCCAGUGUCGAUGACUGUGAUCCAGUGGGUGGCAGACUUUAGUGAGCGGAUCAAACAGCUGCAGCAGAUCUCCCAGGCGGCCGCCAGUGGGGGGGCUAAGGAACUGAAGAACAUCCAUGUUUGUCUGGGCAGCCUGUUUGUUCCAGAGGCUUACAUCACGGCAACCCGCCAGUAUGUGGCCCAGGCCAACAGCUGGUCUCUGGAAGAGCUGUGCCUGGAAGUGAAUGUCACCAACGCCCAGGGUGCUUCUCUGGAUGCUUGCAGCUUUGGAAUCAAAGGUCUGAAACUACAGGGAGCUACUUGUGCCAACAACAAGUUGUCUCUGUCUGCGUCCAUCUCCACUGAGCUGCCGCUCACUCAGCUCCGCUGGAUCAAGCAAAGCAAUGCCGAGAAGAGACACAUGGUGACUCUUCCAGUUUACCUGAACUUCACCAGGUCCGACCUCAUCUUCACUGUUGACUUCGACAUUGCCACCAAGGAAGAUCCACAUAGCUUCUAUGAACGUGGAGUUGCCAUCCUGUGCACAGAGUAAAUGGCAGUUCACGAGGACCUGAGGGUGUUCAUAAUAAACCAUACUUCUUACACUCAUUCCCUAUUAACCACUGUUUGAAAUGUAGCCUAACAUAGUUAUAGAGCAGAAAUCAACAUGUGUAACCACGGUUAGUUUUUUGUAAGUGUUUGGAAGGGAAAAGGAAUGUUGUCAGAUGGAGAAUAAAGAGAAGAGACAUUAAGAUGAAAAGGUAGGAAGGAAGUGUUUUUAAGAAGGAAAAGGUAGGAUUUUAGAUGGAAUUAAGCCAGAUAGAAGUAAAAGUGUCUGUAGUAAUGUCAGGUAAAUGUUCAAUAUGAUACGUCACAUGCUUUGUGUUUUGUCCUUUAAGGCUUUCAUAAUGAUAAAAGAAUUUGGGCUUUCAAUGUGCAAGUCAUUAAUAAAUAUUCUGAUUCUCAGA